AUGGGUAAAGAGAAAGCAGAGCUGACCUCGUUCCGCAGAGCUAGGAGACGGCAGAGGAAUGCGGGAAGCAGCUGCUCGCUGGUCUACUACGUGGGCAUGUGCUUCGCAGCCUCAGAAAAGCGGCUCUACUUUCCCAGCCAGGCCCCGGAGAUCUGGCGGGUCUUCCUCCUGCUGGCGGUGCUGCUGCCCACCAUUGCCUGCACCCUUAUCUACUACUGGUCCCGGGACCAGUGGGCCCACCACCCCCUGGCCCGCACCCUGGCCCUCUAUGCCCUCCCGCAGUCAGGCUGGCGAGCUGUCGCUUCCUCCGUGAACACUGAGUUCUGGAAGAUUGACAAAUUUGCUACGGGGGCGCCGAGUGCCCGGGUGAUUGUGACGGACACAUGGGUGAUGAAGGUGACCACGUACCGUGUGCACGUGGCCCAGCAGCAGGAUGUGCACCUGACUGUGACGGAAUCCCAGCAGCAUGACCUCUCGCCAGACUCGAAUCUACCUGUGCAGCUGCUUACCAUCCGCGUAGCCAGCGCCAGCCCUGCCGUGCAGGCCUUCGACAUCCGGCUGAACUCCACGGAGUACGGUGAGCUGUGUGAGAAACUCCGGGCACCCAUCCGCAGCGCGGCCAACGUUGUCAUCCACCAGAGCCUGGGCGACCUGUUCCUGGAGACAUUUGCCUCCCUGGUGGAGGUCAGCCCGGCCUACUCAGUCCCCAGCAGCCAGGACCUGGAGGCGUGCAUCGGCUGCAUGCAGACACGUGCCAGCGUGAAGCUGGUGAAGACCUGCCAGGAGGCGGCGGAGGGCGAAUGCCAACAGUGCUACUGCCACCCCAUGUGGUGUCUCACCUGCAUGGGCAAGUGGUUCGCCAGCCGCCAGGAUCCACAGCGCCCGGACACCUGGCUGGCCAGCCAAGUGCCCUGCCCCACCUGCCGUGCGCGCUUCUGCAUCUUGGAUGUGUGCGCUGUGCACUAAGCCUGUCGGCCUUUCUGGGGACACCACAGGCUCUCUUUUCCCAGCGUAGCAACUCACCUGCUCCCCGAAGCUGCAGAGGGACCAGGGCUUUUGUUUUAAAAAGAAGUUUCCUGCUGCAGUUCUGUCUGCGGCAGUGGGACUGGUCUUCACUGCCUCUGCCUCCACUCUCCGUUCCUCUGGGUAGGGGAAGGUGCUGGACACAGGACGUGCUAUCGGUUCCAUCU